UGAAGAAAGUUUGAAAUGUAACGACUGUCCGCCAAGUUUGAAGUUAUUGCAUGGGGAAUUAAAGGGAGGGGGGGUAAGGAUACACAGAGGAUGUGUUUAGUAUUUACUUUCGUUUAAGUCAGCUAAAGUGUGUAUAAUGGAUAUCGGUGCAUCGCUUCAGCAGUUCGAGGCCAGUGUGAGGAGCUACACUGGAGACGACCCGCUUGAACUGUGGAUGAGGUACAUUUCGCACCUGGACGAUACUGCACCCUCGGAGGAGAGAACCAUUUCUCAUGUGUUGAACCGUCUUGUGGAGAAUUUUUUUCAUGACAAACGGUACCACGAUGACAUAAGAUAUGUUAAGAGCUGUAUCAGAUGUUCACGGUUUUAUAAAGACCCUUUACAACUGCUCCAUUACUUGUAUGACCAUGGCAUCGGAACCAAGGCUGCUCAUCUGUACACGUCCUGGGCGUCGGAACUCGAGAGACAGGGGCAGCUCAAGCAGGCUGACACUCUGCUUCAGAGAGCAGUGGAGAUGAAGGCUGAGCCAGCACAGCUUUUACAGGACUACUACGGGAAGUUCCAAGCUAGAGUUCUGCAAAGACGGACAGAAGCACAAGGUGGGCCACGCCCCCUUCAGAACCUGCAGUUGGUCAAUCAGAUGGAACAGCCGAGACUUCCAAAAGGAUUGGCCGCCUGUUCUCAAAGCAAGGACUGCAAGCCUGAAGCAUGCCAAGAUCUCUAUAAAGGCCAGGCCGCAUUUCCGGUAGACAAAACUGAGCACAUAAUCUCAAAAUCUGAAAACACGGCUUUAGACCAACGCAAUCGGGGGGCAGGCAAAAGUGUUCAAGAGUGCGCCAUGUACUGCAAAAACGACCUUGUCUGUGGAGACUCUGAGCUGUCCUUUGAAGAGUUACGAGCAAGGAGGUACUUUUAUAAAUGUAAGCUCCAGGAAGAGAAGAGACAGUUGGAGGAAUGUCAUGCAAGGAAGAAAACAGUAGAGCCUCAGUGUACACAGUUUCAAAUCGAGAGCGAGACAGCGAGAGAGAUGAACAGCAGACUCAGCUCGGCGCAGGGUUUGGGGAGCACCAGCCACCAGCAGCAGGGCCCUGCUAUUUGGGAAGAACAGCAAAAGGCCAGCCUGGAACCUGAGCUUGCCCAGCAGCCCUGCAGGCAGCCUGGCAGUGCCCCGCUCCCAGACAGCGUGCUAACAUGGGCGGAGCAGGGCCAGAACGCACGAGGGCCUGAGAGCACCCAUUUGCCGUCUCUGCUUCUCGGAUCUUUCCGCGUGGGGACUGAAGGGCUCGCUGCGUCCGACAGGCAGGGCAGGCAGGGCAGGCCGGCUGAGCUGCUGCAGCAGCGCUUCGCAGCCUCUCUGUCUGAAGCUUCGCGCGCCCCUCUUCGGCCAGUGCGCGCCGCCGAGCCCCGAGACGACAGCCCCCCCCUGUCCCUGCCCUGCCGCCCCGUCCCUGCCGCGGGAACUCGGCACAGCUUUCUCAGCGCAGACUCCAUGGGCUCCCGGAACCCCCCCGGCCUGCAGGAUGAGGACUGUGGCUGUCCGAGUCGAGAGAACAGGACAUACCUGAACCCUGCCGCAGGCCCCAGACCCACCAGCUUCCAGCAGCAGAGCUAUAGAGAGCAGGAUGUGUCUAAAACAGAAGACAAAGUAGAAAGAACAGAAGCAACUGGAAAUGUUUCUCUGGGUGGGAAUGGGACCGUGCCCCAUGUCACCCCCAACACGUCCCUGGGGCUUAUCCAGGCUACGCCGUCCAGAGUGCAGCCAUCGCCCACUGUUCACACCAAGGAGGCUCUGGAUGUCAUCAUGGACAUGUUCCAGGCACCAGCUCUGUCUCUGACAGAUGAUGGAUUACACGACAAAACAGAUGAGAGCUUUGAAGCCUUUUGCAGAAACACCAGUGACUAUCGGGCCCAACAAGUGCUGCCUCCUAACGUGGCACCUGCAGCAGCUCCAUUUUCUGUCUUUCAAGAAGACAGUGACCAAGAAAAUAAGUGUGUCGCCCAGAAGCUGGACAAGACUAAUUCAGCAGCAGGCUUGCGAGAACAUCCUGGAUUGAAAACAGUCCCCUCAACGCAAAACGGUGCUGCCCCAGUCGCGGAGUCCGCAAUGGAAGACUACACUGUGUGGGCGGCGCGCUGUAACAACACCCUGGCAGCCUGUCCUAACACCACCAGGGACUUCGCCUUGUCGGCUCAGAUCGCUUCCACCCCCUUCCACAGCCGUGCGUCCCUGCCAUGGGACACCCAGGACACACAGGGGCUUGAUGCCUCUGAAGAAAAUCUCUACCAGUUACACAAAACCAGGAAGCUCAGCCCAAUUACAGAGCAGAGCCCGAGUACAGAGGAGGACUUGCCGUCUCAGUGUGCCGCCGGCAGCAGGAGGAGAUCAGUGAACGCUAGUAGCGGGAUCACAGCCGAGGGGCCGGAGGACAGACACUCGAAGCUGGUCAGCUCCCUCUCUGAGCACAAGCAACUAGCCCUCCAGCCUGCUGUCCCGCAGGAGGGGGAGAACCAGCUCAGCCACCCCCCUUCAGGGGAUCCAGCACACGUGGUUCCAGAUCCCUGGGAUGAAACCCUGAUCAAACGUCUGCUGUCCGAUCUGCCCACACCCCUCCACACCUCUUCCAACUUCUUCACCUGGAAAAGAAAUACCCCCAGCAUUUCACCAAAAAUGACUGUAACUGUUGGUGAUGCCCCUUACCAGAUCGACUGUGUGCUUGGCGAAGGUGCCUUUGCCACAGUUUAUCAAGUGUCUGGACUGAGCAAGGCCAAGAAGCUGGUCUUCAAGGUCCUCAAGUCUACCAGUCCUUGGGAAUUCUAUAUUGACCGUCAACUGAAUGAACGACUUCAGCCCAGUGUACGCCAUCUUUACAACAGCUUGUGCUCAGCCCACAUCUUCCAGAAUGGAAGUAUUUUAAUGGGAGAAUUGUACAGCUGUGGAACUUUGCUGAAUGCAGUAAACCUGUACAGGAAUUUGAGUGAGAAGGUGAUGCCCCAGCCUCUGGUUAUCUAUCUUUCAAUCUGCAUCCUGCACAUGGUGGAGCAGCUCCACAGCAUCGGCAUGAUACACGCAGACAUCAAACCAGACAACUUCAUGCUGGGGGAGAGAUUUCUUGAAAAUGAGUGUUUUGACCCAGAAAACCUGGAGCAUGGGCUGUCGCUGAUUGAUUUUGGACAGAGCAUUGACAUGACCCUUUUCAAAGAGGGAACUGUGUUCAAGGCUAAAUGCAUGACGUCUGGGUUUCAAUGUGUUGAAAUGCUGAUGGGUCGACCAUGGACAUAUCAGACUGAUUACUUUGGAAUUGCUGGAACAGUGUACUGCAUGAUUUUUGGCACCUACAUGAAAGUGAAAAAUGAAAACGGUGUUUGGAAACCAAAUACAGUUUUUAAAAGGAAUCCCCACAGUGAAAUGUGGACAGAGUUCUUUCACACUUUGUUGAAUGUACCAGACUGCAACUCCCUUCCCUCCCUGAAAAGUCUGCGGGACAAGUUGACAGCUGUGUUUCUUCAGAACUACAGCACCAAAAUACGAGCACUGAGGACCAGACUGAUCGUGUUACUGCUCGAGAGCAAGCGUUCACGGAAAUAAGACGCUUUAGAUUGUGAAUUACACAACUCACUGUUGAAGAACUAAAACGUAUAUUGCCUUAUGUGACCUAAGGCAUUUGUUUUUUCUAUGUAUGUUUUUUUAGCCUUUAAAAGAAAAUCUAAGUAUUGCUGAAUAAACUUUUUUUCAGAUCUGGAACUGUUAAUUGUUUUGUAGACUGUGCCCUCCAAAAGUACUGUAUAGGGAUUACAGAGGCAAAUUCUUGUUAUACAGUCAUUUGUAUUUCUGAAAAGAGAAAUUUGAGCAUAAAGUUUUGUGUUUACGUUCAAUGUUUUAUUUUGGGUAAUUACAUGCAUUCAUUUGAUCAUAUUAAAACUAUAAUAUAUUUGCAGUUUUUGAGUAACAUUGAGUGUAUAAAUCAGCAUUUAGUUGCCGGUAUCGUUGUGAAGGACUUGAAGUCCUGCACUGUUUGUAUAAUCUUGUGAGAUGCUUUCCUGCAGCUACUUUGACAUAUUGGCUUUUUGUGAAGUGCUGACUUAAUUUCCCAUUUCUUCACGUAAAAUGCAAGACCAGUUGGAUAUGAAUCAGAAGAUAGACUUGACCAGUCUAAGAUUUUCUGCUUUUUCUUUUACAAACCCCUGGGUUGCAUCAGAUGUGUUUGUG